GAUAGUGCAAGCAGCAAAAGCAAAGCAAUAUAACAAACUGAUGCGAUGGUCUGUUGGGAGGCCGCCGGAAGAAAGUUCAUGUGAAAUGUGAAAACCAGACGUUAAUUUCAAGCCGUACAGUAGUAACGCAUAACAUCUCUUUCCUUGAUUUGAAUCUCUUGUGAAACCCGGCAGAAUUUUAUCUCUCGCGGUUGUAGAAACUAUUGUUUUCGUUUUUUAUUUGUAAAACAUUUUCUAGUAAUCGAUUUAGUUAUGUCAGUGUCGUGUGAAUUCUCUAUAGUAUUUUGUUGGGACAAAUUCUUUACGGUUAGUUUGGCAGAUGUGGAACGUUGAAGAUGCUAGCUGGAUUCUGUUAUUGAUUCGUGAAAAAAGAAGAAAAUGUCGACCAAAAACGACUCAUCUCAACUGAUUGUGCUGAAAGAUGUCAAUGAUUCAAGGAUGGAUCAACCGACGAACAUUACGGAGAAUCUGUUAAUGAUACCGGAGAAGAAGCUGCACCAAUUAAACUCACCAGAAAUACGGUGUUCGCCCUCUCCGUGCGUGUUUGACUUUGAUGGUAAUAUAAUUCGAAGGUGUGGAGAAAAUACUCUGUAUCCCAACCAAUCCCCUUCGAGGACGCCAUCCCCAGCUUCUGACUGUUCCCCGCGGCUGGGUCGAAGAGGCAGCAAUUUUAGGAGAAGCAACAGCCCUUCUAGCCCCAUAUUGGGGUCUAGAAGGGGAUCCACUACAGGUUACGAGCAGUAUCAGAAAAGUUUAUUAGAAGUACCCAUUUGUAUAGAUUACGGAGAUCCGUCCAGCGAUGAUUUGAGUUCCGAAUGGGAUUCUGAUGUACCGGAACCAAAGAGGGACGUGACAACUAAGCCUUCCGGUUGGAGAAAAUUAAGGAACAUCGUUCAAUGGACGCCGUUCUUCCAAACUUACAAAAAGCAACGAUAUCCUUGGGUACAGUUAGCUGGACAUCAAGGAAACUUCAAGGCUGGCCCUGAUCAAGGUACAAUUCUGAAAAAGCUUUGUGCGAAGGAAGAAAAGUGUUUUAAGAUUCUAAUGAAGGAUGUACUACGACCGUAUGUUCCUGAGUAUAAGGGUCUGGUAACCAGUGAUGAUGGAGAAUGUUCCUAUAUUCAAUUACAGGAUCUCUUGGGAGACUUCGUAUCACCAUGUGUGAUGGAUUGCAAGAUCGGAGUAAGAACUUAUCUAGAAGAAGAACUAGCUAAAGCCAAGGAAAAGCCAAAAUUGAGAAAGGAUAUGUACGACAAAAUGUGCCAAAUUGACCAGACCGCGCCAACUGACGAAGAGCAUAAGCUUAAAGGAGUUACAAAACCAAGGUACAUGGUUUGGAGAGAAACAAUUUCCUCGACGGCAACAUUAGGCUUUCGAAUCGAAGGAAUUCGAAGCGCUGACGGUACGUCCACGAAGGACUUUAAGACUACCAAGACCAAAGACCAAGUUAUGGCCGCAUUCGAGAAGUUCACUGACGGAUUUCCACAUGCGAUACCCAAAUAUAUUCAGAGGCUGAAAGCUAUUAAAGCCACUUUGGAGACUUCCCAAUUUUUUAAUUCACAUGAGGUGAUUGGAAGUUCGUUGUUGUUUGUUCAUGAUCGAUUCAACGCCAACGUCUGGCUGAUAGACUUUGCCAAAACCAUAGUCCUUCCAGAAAACGUCAAAAUAACGCACAGCUCGAAGUGGAAAGUAGGCAACCACGAAGACGGUUACUUAAUCGGCGUCAACAACUUGAUUAAGAUAUAUAUGAACAUGCUGGAGCAACAACCGGUAACAGUGAGUCCUCCGUUGGCUCUUCAGGAUCCUCCUGAGGUAGCACAAGAUUCCGUAGAGAAGACUUGACGGAGGAAUUCAACGUUCAAUACAAAAAGUCAAAAUAAUUAUGUGAUGAUACGCUUUUUCGCAGAAUUUUAUGUAAUAAUUCAGGUUUUACAAAUCAGACGAGGCUUAUUAAGAGAAUAUUUUAAAAUUGUAUAGAAUAGUGUACAGGAAUUGUUUGUACAAUUUCUUUUUCAGUUUAUAAAUCCUUAUAGUGAAUGUAUAAGGAAAGUUGUUGAGUUGAGGUGUUGUCUUGUUGUAAAUAUUAGUUUAUUAUUUAUUGUUAAUCUUUAUGGAUACUGUAUAAUAUUGAGACGAGCUAUAUGCACUGAUUUUGCUAUAUUAAAUUCUGUUUAGGACCUAAUGAUAUAUUAUCAUACUUAAAUUUGAAUAAAUUUAUUCUUUAGCUGUC